CACACACACACACAGAGAAACCCUUACGCACGCACAAACACGCACACACACAGUGUGCUGUCACACUGUCUGUCGAUGAGCUCUGUCAUGCAGUCGUUCCUCUCUCCAGUGAACAAGGCUAUUCUAGUAGCUCUGUUCAUCUUCGCCAUCCUCCUCAUCCUCUAUGUGAUCCUCUGGUACAUCUGUAGAGACGUGGACUGCGACCACGGCAUCUGAUCUGAUUAACACCGGGAACACCACCGAAAAACGGAGGAGAGAGACGCGUCUGACAGAGGGUCACCCUGAGCUGACCUUACAACAUGGCAAAGUUGCUAUAGUGACGGGAGGCACCAGGGGAAUUGGCUAUGAGACCUCAAGACACAUGGCCAGCCUGGGGGCACACGUUAUCAAAGCUGGACAGAAUGAGCUGGAGGGUGUGUCUGCUGUGAAGAGGAUUUGUGAGGAGAACAGAGAGGCCAAAGUGGAGUUUGAGCAGUUGGAUCUGGCAUCUUUGCAGUCAGUCAGGCAAUUUGUCCAGAAUAUCAAGAGAUGGGGCCUACCGCUGCACAUCUUAGUCAACAAUGUGGCAGUCAUGUUGGUCCCUGAGGGUCGUACAGAGGAGGGCUUUGAGCAUCACUUCAGGGUCAACUACCUAGGUCACUUCCUGUUGGCCUUGCUGCUGUUAGACACAUUAAAGCAUUCUGGGAAACGCGGUUCCUGCUCACGUGUUGUCGCCCUUUCCUCGUCAGCUCAUGGUGCUGGAGAGAUACGACUAGACAGCCUGCUAAACAGGCAGUGUUAUUCGGCCCAUGCGGCGUACUGCCAGAGUAAGCUGGAACUACUGUUAUUUUCCUCCCACCUGCAACAGAGGCUGGAUAGAGGAGGGUUUCCAGUGAGCUCAUGUGCAGCGGACCCUGGGAUGGUCGACACGUAACUCUACUGCCACCUCUUCCCCUCCGCCCACCUCGCACAGACAGCCAGGAGCCCGUCCCAGGGAGCGUCCACGGUCCUCUACACUGCUCUGUCUCCGUCUCUGGAGGGGGAGGGAGGAGCCUACUGGAGCAAUGGGCGCACAGAGAUGACAUCACCAAACACCUACGACCCUCAGCUCCAUCGCGGCCUCUGGGACUCCAGCUGCAGACAAGUUGGCCUGCAGGAACAGCACCAACCAUGACCCCUGACCUUCAACCCCUGACCCCCAACAUGGGACUGGAUGGCUGAGACCCAACACUUAGUCUGUCUGACUGGCGUUGUCUUUGUUUUGACAAUCUCCUCACCACCAGACUGUGAUUGGACUGAUGAUGACCAUGACUAGACUUUGAUUGGUUAGUGAAGAGUUAAGUCCCUUCCCAUGCUGUUCAAAUGAAUGUGCUAAUGGAAAUGAAGCAACCUUCUCCCUCUGGCACUGUGAACAUACACACACACUAUGUUAAGAGUAUUCAUAGUGCUGCUAUGAGUGUCUGUAGCGCCACUAUGAGUGUUAAUAGUGACCUUAUAAGUGUUCAUAGCAACCUUAUGACUGUUGGUUCACAGAUCAGAUCUUCCAGAACAGAAAGCACCUUCCCUCCAUGGGAGAACUUAGUUUUGUCAUAAACAAGUGUCAUCAGUAUGUGUGUGUGUGUACUUAUCAUCAGUGUGUGUGUGCGUAUUAUGAUAUUAGAAGCAUCUGGUGUUCUGAUCCAUCUGUGAAGCAUAUACUGACCCCUGCCUGAGUGGAGGGUCCAGGACCAAUGAACAAGCCAGCAUGGUAACAUCAGUAAAUCACAGCCUGAAACUGAUAUUUUCAGUUCUUGUGAAAGCAAAGGCUAUUUUGUGGAAUUCUCACCAAAGCUGCUGGUUUCCUCUCCAGGGGGCAGAAAUCAUCUGAGAGAAGGUCUUUAGAUUGUGUCCCGCCUCCUGGGCUCUGAGUCACACACACACCUGUUUCAUGGUAUUUCUCUUUUACUGUUAGAGCUGAGCGAUGGUUUAUCAAUAUGCACAUAUCACCUCUCUCAAGUCCAGUUGUUGUGUGUGUUUCUGUGCACAGUAUGUGUAUUUCUGUGUGCGCUGUUUGUGUGUUUCUUCCAGUCAUUAGUUUGUAUGCAUCCAUAAAAAGGCAGCACAACUGAAACCAGUACUGAUAUUUGUGGCAGAGGGAGAGAAAGACAGUGAGCAAAGGAAAAGGAGAUUCUUCCUCUGUGGUGUUUCAUCUUCUCUCUCUGCUGCUACCUCGUUUGGCCUUGCUCCCAGUGCAUUCAUUGUGGGAGGGAGAUAUCCCAGUGAAAAUUCAGCAACAUUAAGACAAAGACAAACAGUCACACACACAGAGGUGGACUGUGACCAAAAAUGGGCCCUGUCAUUUCUAACACACUGGCCAUUUUGUUCCUUGAGGCCCUCAUUAUUAGCCAGAUGAUUAUCAUUUUGAGUAAAAACCUAAGUUAGACAGGCCCAGUUAGCUGGACCAGCCCAUCUGGCAAGUCUGCCCCUGUGAACACACACACACACACUUUGCAACUAUUUAUCAUGUUAGUUAACCCUUCACCUAAACUUAACCCUUUAACCUAACUCCUAACCUUAACCCCUAGCCUAGCUAAUGUUAGCAACCUAGCCACCUAGCUAACAUUAGCCACAACAAAUUUGAAUUGUCAACAUAUCAUACGAAUUGUAAUUCGUAACAUAUCAUACAAAAGGGAUGAUUGACAUCCACAAAUGAAUACAUACCAUACGUAAUAUAUCAUAUUCAUCUGAGUGUCCUGGAUUUUUGUUUACUAUGUUACGUCCAAACCAUACGCAAUGUGAUCUACAGUGCCUUGCAAAAGUAUUCAUCCCCCUUGGCGUUUUUCCUAUUUUGUUGCAUUAUA